ACCGCCACAUGCCAAACACAUAAUAAUUGAACACAUUAAAACAUUGUAGCCGUCGUCUUAGGCUGGCAUUUAAUUUAAUUUGUCACUUUUGCUCAAAUUUUUUUAAUGCCUCAAAUUCAUUUCAAUCACAUACAUAUCUUUGUAGACCUAUGAUGAUUCAUUAUUAUACCUUCAUCAUCAUCAUCAUCACAUGAUAUCUAUGAUAUGAUCUAUGGAUAACGAUGGUGGUGGUGGCCAAGGUAAUCCAUUAUCUAACAACAUUGUUGUGUUACUUCUUGCAAUGGGUUCAGCUGCUUUUGUUGUCUCAAUUUACCAUCUCAUAGCAAUUUGUUUUUGCAAUAACCGGCAAAAUUCAAAUAAUAAUGAGCAAAAUCUACAUCAACAAGAUGGUGGUGAACCAAGCACUUCUACUUCUGUGGCGCAUUUGAUUCCGUCGCAUAAGUAUCACAAGAAAAAGGUUAAUGAGAACGGCGAAGAGGCUGAUGAUUGUGGCGGCAGUGGCGGCACUUGUGCCGUGUGUUUGGGAGAUUUUGAAGAGGGUGAGGAGUUGAAGACUUUGCCGGAGUGCAUGCACUCUUUUCACGUGCCAUGCAUUGAUAUGUGGCUCUAUUCUCAUACAAGUUGUCCCGUUUGCCGCGCCAGCGCCACGCCGUCGCCGGUGGGGCUCAACCAUGGCCCUUUAAAUGUUUUUGGUGAUCAUAGUGGUUAUGGCUUGAAUAAUAAUAAUAAUAAUGCACGCCAAGGGAUUGAUAUGGUGCAAAUUGCUGUUGUCCAAAGUGGUUUUGUUCGAAGGUAAAGAAGGGAAUUAAAUAUGUAAUAUAUUGAACCAACUUGUGUGGACUGGUUCCUUUAAAUAA